AUGGAUCCUAUUCCAACCGUGUUAACGGAGCCGUACUCGUACAUAUCCAGUAUUCCUGGGAACAACCAGAAUAUGAGGUACCGCUUUAUCGUGGCCUUCAACGAGAUGUUCUUUAAGAUCCAGGAUAAAGCUGUGCUUGAAGAGAUCGGGACGAUUAUUUCGAUCUUUCACGAUCUGUCGUUGUUGAUUGACGAUAUUGAGGAUGCAUCCGAGAAGAGACGAGGCCAGGAGAGUGCCCAUAUCAAGUACGGUACUCCACUAACCAUCAAUUGUGGUAACCUUAUGUACUUUGAAGCGCUUAGGAGGGCCACCAACGUGCUUCCAGAGCUAAGAAAGCAUCCUUCUGUCAGUGUGAGUGAACUCCAGACUCGAACUAAUAGCAUUCUUGUGGAUGAAAUGUUGAACUUGCAUCAUGGCCAGGGCCUUGACAUCUUCUGGCGGGAUACCCUUUUACGCCAGUGGCAUCAUGGGGAAGCCGAGCUUCCAUCACUUCAGGAGUAUUUGCUUAUGGUGAUGAACAAAACUGGCGGUUUGUUCAGGCUUUCAGUGAGACUAUUGGCGCUCUUUACUGAUGAUUGCACUGUUGAGAUCGAGAAGUUGGUGACGUUUUCCAAUUUGCUCGGCAUCAUCUACCAGGUUCGUGACGACUAUUUGAAUUUGGUGGAUGACAGGUACCAAGAGAUGAAGGGUAUUCGUGGAGAGGAUUUGGCAGAGGGCAAGAUCUCCUUGCCUAUACUAUACGCAUUGAAGGAGGUUCCUCCUGGCUCGCCUAUCCAUGAUCUAUUCUUUGGCUACAACCUGGUAAAGCAGAGACUUCAGGUGCCUGCAAAGUUGGAGGAAACCGUCUUGUACAUGCAGCAAGCGACCCAAUCCUUGAAGGUAACCUAUAAGCUUCUCCAGGAGUAUGUGGCUAAGGCGCAGGCAUUUUUGGUCGGUGAAGGUGGUGCUGAAGAUUCUCUACUCAUGAAGGUGAUCACGCAUUUGGGCGAAGUCCCAGAAGUAUGA